GAACAACGUGAAAAGCAUCGCUGUCGACUGGAUGAGUGGAUCUGUCUAUUGGACUGACAGUUCUCACAACUGGAUCAUGGUGGCCAGUUCCUCCGCUGCAAACGUGUACAAAAGACUAGUUUACACGAAACUUGAUAAACCCACCGGAAUAGCCGUCCAUCCACAUUUAGGAUUUUUAUAUUGGAGCAGUUCGGGAGCCUUGCCAAAAAUUGAAAGGUCCAAUCUGGAUGGCAGCAAUCGAAUUGUUUUCAUCAGCAAAGAUCUGACCGAACCUCAGGGAGUUACCAUAGAUUACGAUAAUUCUCUUUUGUACUGGGUGGAUGGCUGGACCAGCUUGUUGCAGUGUGCAGAUGCAAGGACGGGGCAGAACAUGCUAUCUUACUUCAUCCAGUCUCCAUACUUUUUCUUCUCUGCGCUCUACGACGCUGCCAUUUACAAAGGCCUUAUCCUCAUAACUGAUCAGUUGCAGUGCAUCAUACUGACCAACCUGACCUCUCGUACUUUUAAGCUGCACCCUAUCAAGAGCUACGUACCGUACGACGUCGUUGUCAUCAGUCCCGACAAUCAGCCGACCUACGACUUCAGCACAUGUGCUUCGCUAAACUGCCCCGACAUAUGUGUGAGUGAUGGCAAUGGAACAUACCACUGCAUCUGCAGGGAGGGGUCCAAGAUGCUUGAAGACAACAACACGUGUGUUGUCUACAGCAGACCGGAUGCGACCAACUUCAUCUACAGCACCGACAGUCAAAUAUGUUUGUAUGACGUGCUACGUUCAGUCGCCAGUCCAGAAUGUGUUAUUUCCCCCGAAUCAUCUUUACCUUCCGCACUUGCUUUCAACUAUUAUUCGUCAAGAUUGUUCGUGUCGGAUGUCGAGAGCGGCUCCACCUACCGAAUGAUCACAGAUUUCGACAACCCUGUAAAUUCACUUGUCGGAACUAAUAAGAAAAAAAUAAGCGGACUUUCGGUGGAUUGGUUGGGUGACAACUUGUACCAAACUGACACGGAGGCAGGGACGAUAUCAGUGAGUAAGUUGGAUGGAAGGUACCCGGUGGUGCUCCUCAAAAAUUUGCUGAGACCCUGGGACAUCGAAGUUAAUCCACUGAGUGGGUUAAUGUAUUGGAGCAGCGAAGGUACGGUGUAUGUGUCAAACAUGGAUGGCACUGUAGUUCAAACUUGUUUCAUGUUAACCGCUGCCAGUCUGAAAGGUCUGUCCAUCGACAUACAAAAUAACGCUUUGUACGUAGCCGACCAAUCUCUGCCAGGAAUUUGGAUGACCUCACUGGACUGCGAUAGCCACAAAAAAGUUAUACAACUGGACAAGAACACCAAAAUCGAUGACGUCAUCAUUAUCAAUGAUGUCCUGAUGUGGGUCAAUGGAACGAAUAUUGUUGGCAUGGCUGAGAGAGUAGCUGACUCAUUCAAUUUCCUUCCCAGUCCUGUAAUUAACGAUAACGUCAACCAAAUUGUUUCAUACGGCUACAAUAUGCAACCGAUGUCAAGUGAUUCUGGCGAUCUGCUAAAUCCCUGUGUGGAUUUUGGUGGCAACAGUUCGUGCGGCCAACUCUGUCUCUUGAGGCCCAACCAAGAAACAACAUGUGCUUGCUCCGCUGGCUUCUCACUCGUUCAUUACACAGAAUGUGUUUCGGAUCUCUUGUCUGACGACUUUUUAUUAUUAGUCGAUCCAAUAUCAAAAGAAGGUUAUCAAAUUCCUCUUGGGAAUGAAUUGCAGGAUGACAAUGACAAGACUUUCUAUUGGCUAGAUGUCGUCCAGUUAGAUUUGCCUUUUUAUAAUGACAUCUCCUCAGGGGCCACCAUCAAAAGCAAAUCCGUUGACGAUAGGCUAAGAGAAGUCAACGUACUGACCAUUAAGAAAAGCAUCAAACCGACAAAGAUCGACUUAAUAAGCGACAUCCACACGCUGAUCUACGACGACGACGACAGCGGACACUUGCAUGGUUACGAUCUGGUCGGCAACCUGGCCUGGAUAUUUGAAGACGUCGAAGGCUUGAAGGGUGGAAUCUACGCGCUCAACUCCCGUACGAUGGACUUCUAUUGGCUCGAUUCAAGAACAUCGUCCAUCAAGAAAGUGCGUCUAUCAGAAUACAAGCGAAAGUUUGAAGAUGAAAUUCCUACAAAUGAUACCGACCCAAAUAACUUGACUGCAACAACUACGUUUGAUUCUACAACGGAGACCACAAGCAAUGUUGAAACACUGAUGCACUGGUCAAAAGAUCCAAUUAAGGGACUGUCUUUGUCAAUCAAUUCAGGGGAGAUGUUAGUGAUCUGGACGUUCAAUCAUAUUUAUAUCUGUAAAGAGUCAGAAGUGGUCUUACACAAAAAAUUUGAAAACACAAAUUUGACCUCAGUGCUUUUUAGUGAUUCAAUCAUUUAUUUCACGACAUGGAAUGAAAACUCAGUGUACAGAUUCGACACGAACAGCAAGAAGUUAGGCAAUCUUUUUGCUGGAGUAUUCAACAGAAUUGUCGAUAUGAGAGGAUUCCAAAAUGAGGAUCAAACUUGGAAUGUUGACCAGAACUCUUCAAAAGCAGGUAAGCAGAGGAACGAUGGACUCAUAGCUGGUCUCGUCGUCGGAUUUUUUCUGGUCUUAGUUUUAUCUGUUUUCGCAUUUUUUAUGUGGAGAAGAAAGAGAAAAACGGAAAUAAUAGAAAGAUACUACAGCACCAUGGUUACUGAGCAAGAGCAACAAAUAGUAAAUGAAAAUGGAACUUCAAAUGAAAAUAUUUUAGAUCGUCAACAUGGGCCUUAUAAUUACAACCAACAAAAAAUUGACAACUCUAGUUAUGGUACACAAACACAUCAGACGAUUGGUGGUCCGAGCUUUGUGGGAGGUAAAGGCGAGCAAGCGGUAAAGGGCGAUCUCGAAGACGUCCGAAUUGUCUACGAUGGUGACUCUAACAAAAAUGGACAAGACCCAAUCGGCAGAUCGGGCGAUGAACAGUCCAGUCGAUUUGCCGAAAUUGAUAUUACAAAAUUGUCCUCCUACGCUUGAUAUUAUACACAGGUACAUUUUAUUCAUCGACAGAUUUUAAUAGAAGCUUUUUUGCGAAAAUAUUUUUUACUAAAGUUUUUUAUAUCGCCAGAAGUUGGCAUGAAACUAACGUGAUAUAUAUAUAUAUUUAUAUUUUUUUCUUUUCACAUAUAUAUUUGAAAAAAAAUUAUUUUUAUGCCAAAAUAAAUUGUCGUUAGACAAUUAAAGACUAACAUAUGGUUUUAACAAUUUACAUUUAUUAAUUAUUAUAUUUUGUUAUUUACAUAACAAUCAAAAAUCUCAAACGACUUAAAGGACUAAUUUUUAUAAAAAAUUGUGUCUCAGAAAUUUUACUGUUUAAUUAAACUUCCUUAACUCAACUCCAAUCCGCAUAAUUUUCUUUUUUUCAAGUUUGUAACUCUAGCUAGAUGAUUGAAAUCGCCCUCGUGACAUUUGAUUUACUUCCCAGUAUAAAGUUCAUUUAAACUGGCAACAAAAUGCCGCAUGUAUGACAAAGUCUUUGUUCACAACAACAAACCUCUAAACUAUGAUACCUGAUGCAUUAAUAUUCAUGGGCUCACGCGAUUGUCUAUGUGAGGCACACACGCAGUACAAUCCAAACAUUCAUGUUGUGUGUAUAAUAUGUGAACAUUACAUAUAUAUGCGAUAUAUAUAUGUAAAUAUAUAUAUUUAUUCAUUUAUUCAAUUAGUUUAUUUAUUCUUUUGUUUGAUUGUUGUACGCUCGAAAGACAAUAUUACCCAACGUCCAAUUUUGAAGCGUGAAAAACAAAAAUAAUUUUAAUAAAAA